AUGAGCAGUCAAGCAGUGGAAGACGACGCUUUGGUCAAAGCCACCAGAGCUACCGAAGCGCUUUACCUAGUUCGAGACACCUACUUUCCGCCCAACCCAGAUGACAAAAUCGCCAAAUUGAAUGCCGAAUCCGAUCUCGCUCUCAGCCUCCUCGAUUCCAUUCCUCCUGAGCAAAGGAAACUUCCAGCACAGCGUGCAAAAUACGAAUAUCUGAGAGGAAAGAUAUUGGAUGUCUUACCGGACUAUAGAAAAGAAGCAGAGGAUCAUCUCUCAAAAGCUGUUAAGUUGAAUCCAUCUCUUGCAGAUGCUUGGCUAUGUUUAGGUAACUGCAUUUGGAAGAAGGGAGAUCUAUCUUCAGCCAAGAACUGCUUUACUCUUGCACUAAGCAAGGGUCCAAACAAACAGAUACUUUGUCAACUGUCCAUGCUCGAAAGGAAAAUGGCUCAAGGUACUGAUAAUCAGGCAGAACUUGUUGAUGAAAGCAUUCAACAUGCCAAGGAAGCCAUAACUUUGGAUGUCAAGGAUGGGAAUUCUUGGUAUAAUCUUGGAAAUGCAUGUCUUACAAGUUUCUUUGUAACUGGAGCUUGGGACCACGUCAAACUUCUGAAGUCUUUGAAGGCAUACCAAAAUGCUGAAAAGGAUGAAAGAAUGAAGUCCAAUCCAGACCUAUAUUUUAACUCUGCCACUGUAAACAAAUAUCUAGAAAACUAUGAAAGGGCCCUUACUGGAUUUGAAGCUGCUGCUUUAAAGGAUCCUGGUCUCAAUGCUAUGGAGGAGGUUCAAAAGAUUGUUAACCUUCUUGACAAGUUAGAUAAUUUGUUAAGGGGACAUGCUAGAUCUAAACGGCUUGCAUCUUUAGCAUCAUCUCUGGCUGCUGUGAACUUGAACUCCUCAUACAGAAGAGCUACUGUAGAUCUUCUGUCAGAGGGUCUGAACAAAGCAGUAGCACUAAUAGGAAAAGUGUUAUUCUUCAUUAAGCAUGAGAAUGUUGCUCCACUGUAUUUUUUGGCAUGUGAUGCAAAUCAAAUAUGCUUCGUUGUGUCCGUUUAUGGCAUUCAGUAUGAUUUGAUUGGGGGAUGA